AUGGCUGGCGGCCAAAGUACAUGUCUCGACCAACUCCAAGCCGAAUAUGGGAGCACAUGGGAUGGCCCCAGUGACCCGGCCAACCCGUUCAACUGGUCUCCGGUUCGCAAGAUCACGACCGGCGUCAUUUUUUCCAUGUCCCAGCUGGUGACCAUCAUGUCAGCCAGCAUGUUGGCAGCAGCCGAGAACAAGAUUGCGCAGGACUUGCAGGUUAGCGCAGCCACCGUCCAGAUCAUUUUCUCCACCUACUUCCUCGGGCUGGGGCUGGGGUCAUUCCUGAUCGCCGCCCUGGCGGAGAUGAACGGCCGCAAGAGCGUCUGGGUCGCUGCCUGCCUGUGGUAUAUUCUCUGGAGUUCGGUAUCGCCUCUCGGCCGGUCAGCGGCUCUCAUGGUUGUCGGUAGGUUUUUCGCUGGUACUGGUGGGAGCGUAGGCAUCACGCUAGUCGGUCCGGUCAUGACAGAUAUGUACGGCGCCUCUGAUCGGGGGAAAUCGUUGGCCGUCGCUAGUGUGUUGACGUAUCUGGGGCCUGCCCUGGGCCCGCUGAUGGGCGGCGUGGUUACCGACCUGGUAGGCUGGCAAUGGCUGUUCUGGGUUACUAGCAUUGUUUGCGCCAUCAUACUGUGCGUCGGGAUGGUGUUUAUACGCGAGUCGUAUGCGCCGGUCUUGCUGCGGCGAGCAGCCGCCAAGCGAGGCGUCACCAACACCAACACGAAGCAUAUCCGUCUGCUCGAUCAUUUCCGGCGGCCCAUCGCCCUCCUCUUCCGGCGUCCGAUCGUUCAGCUUCUCGGACUGGUCGCCGCCGUCAACUUUGGCAUCUACGCGCUGAUGCUCUCGACGUUUGCUCGCCUGUGGAUGACCAGCUACCACGAGUCGGCUAUGGUGAGCAGCUUGCACUAUUUCGCCUUUGCGAUUGGCAUGACAAUCGCAGCUCAGGGAGGCGGCUACGCCAUGGACACAAUCUACAGGGUCAUGCAGCGUCGGGCGGGUGAGAGGCAUGGCGACGAUGGAGCGUCACCCUCUCGACCCGAGUACCGAGUCCCUUUCAUUGUGCCUGGCAUGCUGCUUGUACCCGCAGGUCUGUUCUGGUAUGCCUGGACUGCAGAGAGCUCUGCCCCCUGGCCAUCGGUGGACAUAGGGGCAGCAGUCUUCACGGUAGGCAUCACUGUGGUUAACCAGGGCCUGAUGGCCUACCAGCUGGAUGAGUUUGCCCAGUACGGCGCCUCAGCGAAUGCCGCCACGCGACUGUUGUCUUAUAUCUUUGCUUUUGUCCUCCCAAUCUUUGCUCCGCAGCUGUAUGCCGUGCUGGGCGACGCUUGGGGCAACAGCCUCCUGGCCUUCAUUACCAUCCUGCUGGGCUGGCCGAUCCCGUGGAUCUUGUGGGUAUGGGGGGAGAGACUGCGAGCCCUGGGGAGAGCUAGAUGA